UCCACGUCGUUUUGCCAAUGAAUUUGUUUUUAUAUGUUUCUUCAAACGAAGACUUCACUUUUGUUUUUAUACAUGUGCAAUGACUCCUGCUCUUGCAGAAUCUCUUGCCCAGCUUUCGUUUCCAGCACAUUUCAUAGUGGGAAACUAUUGACUAUUGAGUGAGAACAAAGCUGUCAAAUUGGAAGUGGUUGUAUUAGUUUGUAGUGAAUACCAGACAUGGGUUUUAAGCCAAUAGACUGGUAUUGUCAACCAGAAGCUAAUGGGGUAUGGGCCAAAGCAGUCAGUGCUUUUGGCUCAUACACUCCUUGUGCAAUGGACUCUAUGGUCAUCUGCAUUUCUCAUUUAGUUCUUUUCGGAUUGUGCUGCUACCGAAUAUGGAUGAUCAAGAAGAAUUUGAAAGCCCGAAGGUUCAGGUUGAGGUCAAAUUACUAUAACUACUUGUUGGGUUUGUUGACUGGUUACUCCACUGCUGAGCCUCUACUGAGGUUGGUGAUGGGUUUAUCACUUUUUAACCCCUUUCGAAGAACUGGCUUUGCUCCUUUUGAGAUGACUUCUUCAAUCAUUGAAGCUCUUUCUUGGUUCUCUAUGCUAAUUUUAAUUGGCUUGGAAACUAAGAUUUACAUUCGGGAAUUCCGAUGGUACGUAAGGUUUGGAGUCCUUUAUGUCUUGGUAGGAGAUGCUGUGCUGCUAAAUCUUAUUCUUGGAGUGACAGAUUCCUACAGUGGAUGUGCUUUAUAUCUGUAUAUAAGCACUGUCUGUUGCCAGGUGUUGUUCGGAAUUCUUCUUCUCUUUUAUGUUCCCCAUCUGGAUCCUUAUCCUGGCUACAUUUUUCUGCAAUCUGAGUCACCUGACAAUGCUGAAUAUGAAGCACUACCAGGAGAAGAUCAAAUUUGCCCUGAACGGCAUGUUAAUAUAUUCUCCAGAAUAUAUUUUGGAUGGAUGACUCCACUUAUGCAGCUAGGGUACAGAAAACCCAUCACUGAAAUAGAUGUUUGGAAGUUGGACACAUGGGAUCAGACAGAGACAUUGAUUAAAAGGUCCAAUUUUGCCUCUUUUUCAGUUGCUACUUUCUUAUUUUAUCUGCGCCACGUGCACAAUCAUUUUGAAUUUUUCAGGUUUCAGGAAUGUUGGGUUGAAGAAUCUCAGAGGUCCAAGCCAUGGCUUCUGAGAGCACUGCAUCGUAGCCUUGGACGGAGGUUCUGGUUGGGAGGCUUUUUCAAGAUUUGCCAUGAUCUCUCUCAGUUUUUGGGUCCCAUUCUACUAAAUCGUCUUUUGCAGUCAAUGCAACGAGGUGAACCAGCUUGGAUUGGUUAUAUAUAUGCCUUCUUAAUUUUCAUUGGUGUGUCAUUUGGUGUGCUCCCUGAAUCUCACUUUUACCAGAAUAUUAUGCGGGUCGGCUUUCGGUUGAGAUCAACUUUGGUUGCUGCUAUAUUCCGUAAAUCUAUAAGAAUAACACAUGAGGGCCAUAAGAAGUUCCCAACUGGGAAGAUAACAAAUAUGAUGUCUACAGAUGCUAAUGCACUCCAGAAAACAUGCGAACAACUUCACGGACUAUGGUCUGCUCCUUUUCGUAUCAUUGUAGCUAUGGUUCUUCUUUACCAACAAUUAGGUAUUGCAUCGCUUAUUGGAUCAUUGAUGCUAGUUCUCACGAUCCCCAUACAGACAACGGUGAUCAGCAAAAUGCGGAAACUGACAAAGGAUGGACUACAACAGACUGACAAGAGAGUUGGCCUCAUGAAUGAAAUUUUAGCUGCCAUGGAUGCGGUGAAAUGUUAUGCCUGGGAGACAAGUUUCCAGCAGCGAGUUCAAAGUAUACGGAAUGAUGAACUUUCAAGGUUACGUAGAGCGCAGUUACUCUCUGCUUUGAACAGUUUUAUUCUCAAAAGCAUCCCAGUUGUUGUGACACUAACUUCAUUUGGAGCAUUCACUUUUCUUGGAGGCGAAUUGACACCUGCAAGGGCAUUUACAUCACUUUCUCUUUUUGCAGUGCUACGCUUCCCUGUAAACAUGCUGCCCAACUUAUUAAGUCAGGUUGUAAAUGCAAAUGUAUCCUUACAGCGUUUGGAAGAACUAUUUUUAACUGAGGAGAGAAUUCUAGUACCCAACCCGCCACUGGAACCAGGGCUUCCAGCCAUCUCAAUUCAGGAUGGAUACUUUUCAUGGGAUUCAAAGGCAGAGAAGCCCACAUUAUCAAACAUCAACUUAGAUGUACCAGUUGGCAGCCUAGUUGCAGUUGUUGGCGGCACUGGAGAAGGAAAGACAUCACUUAUAUCAGCCAUGCUUGGGGAGCUGCCUCCCAUUGCAGAUGCAGGUGUUGUAAUUAGGGGGACUGUUGCUUAUGUUCCCCAAGUUUCAUGGAUUUUCAAUGCUACUAUACGUGAAAACAUUUUAUUUGGAUCUGAAUUUGAAGCUGCACGGUAUUGGAAGGCUAUUGAUGUAACUGAGUUCCAUCAUGACCUCGACUUACUUCCAGGUCGAGAUCUAACAGAGAUUGGCGAAAGAGGGGUCAAUAUUAGUGGAGGUCAAAGGCAAAGGGUUUCAAUGGCCAGAGCUGUAUAUUCUAAUUCAGAUGUUUACAUAUUUGACGAUGCAUUAAGUGCUCUAGAUGCUCAUGUUGCUAGACAGGUUUUCAACCGCUGUAUCAAGGAAGAGUUGCAGGGGAAAACUAGGGUGCUUGUCACAAAUCAACUACAUUUCCUGCCUCAAGUGGACGAAGUUAUUUUAGUCUCUGACGGUAUGAUUAAAGAGAAGGGAACCUUCAAGGAUCUCUCUGAAAACAGUUUGCUGUUCCAGAAGCUCAUGGAAAAUGCCGGAAAAAUGGAAGAACAUGUAGAAGAGAAGGAAGACAGCAAAACUGAGUACCAGAAAAGCUCAGUUCCUGUAUCUAAUGGGGUGGUGAAUGACUUACCAAAAGAUGCAAGCUACACCAAGAAAGGGAAAGGGAUGAGAUCUGUACUCAUUAAACAAGAGGAACGGGAAACAGGUGUUGUAAGUUGGAAAAUUUUGCAGAGGUACAACCUUGCAUUAGGAGGGCUGUGGGUGGUUAUGGUUCUAUGUACUUGUUAUACACUAACAGAAGUUCUUCGAGUUUCAAGCAGUACAUGGUUAAGUUUUUGGACAGAUCAAAGCAUGUCAAAGAGUUAUACACCUGGAUUCUACUUGCUUAUAUAUGCGAUUCUCUCAAUUGUCCAGGUAACGGUGACUCUGAUGAACUCUUUUUGGCUAAUCACUUCAAGUCUUCAUGCAGCCCGAAAUCUGCAUGAUUCCCUGCUACAUGCUAUACUAAAAGCUCCAAUGGUGUUCUUUCACACUAACCCAACUGGAAGGAUGAUCAAUAGGUUUGCAAAGGAUCUGGGUGAUAUAGAUCGCAAUGUAGCCAAUUUUAUGAACUCAUUUCUGGGUCGAGUGUGGCAGCUCCUUUCGAGUUUUUUGCUCAUAGGCAUUGUGAGCACAAUAUCCCUCUGGGCCAUAAUGCCACUUCUAAUUUUGUUCUAUGCAGCCUAUCUAUUCUAUCAGUUUGUUUUACAGAGCACAUCCCGUGAAUUGAAACGCUUGGAUUCCAUUACCAGAUCUCCUAUUUAUGCACAGUUUGGAGAAGCAUUAAAUGGAUUGUCAUCAAUUCGUGCCUAUCAUGCUUAUGAUCGGAUGGCAAACGUUAGUGGAAGGUCUAUGGAUAAUAAUAUCAGAUUCACUCUUGUGAUUGGUGGUUCAAACCGUUGGCUUGCUAUAAGGUUGGAAACACUAGGAGGUAUAAUGAUUUGGGUGAUAGCAACCUUUUCUGUCAUGCAGAAUGGAAGGGCAGAAAACCAAGUACAAUUUGCAUCUACAAUGGGUCUACUUCUCACUUAUACUUUGAAUAUCACAAGUCUGUUGAGUGAUGUUCUUAGACAAGCAAGCAGAGCUGAAAAUAGUUUAAAUGCUGUUGAGCGGGUUGGGACAUAUAUAGAUUUGCCUUCUGAGGCUCCAGCUGUUAUUGAAAGCAACCAUCCCCCACAUGGGUGGCCAUCAUCAGGAUCAAUUGAGUUUGAGGAUGUUGUCCUCCGUUAUAGGCCUGGACUUCCACCAGUACUGCACGGAUUAUCGUUUACAGUUUCUGCAAGUGAGAAGCUAGGAAUAGUUGGAAGAACUGGUGCUGGAAAAUCUAGCAUGAUCAAUGCAUUGUUUAGGAUAGUAGAACUAGAAAAAGGAAGCAUCUUGAUUGAUGGUUACGAUGUUUGUAAGUUUGGACUGGAAGAUUUGCGAAAAGUUCUUAGCAUCAUACCCCAAUCACCGGUUCUGUUUUCCGGUACUGUGCGGUUUAAUCUUGAUCCUUUCGGUGAGCAUAAUGAUGCUGAUCUUUGGGAAGCCCUAGAAAGGGCACAUCUAAAGGAUGUAAUUAGGAGGAAUUCCUUUGGUCUCGAUGCUGAGGUUUUUGAGGGUGGUGAGAAUUUCAGUGUUGGACAGAGGCAGCUAGUAAGUCUUGCUAGAGCUUUGCUUCGAAGAUCAAAGAUUCUUGUUCUUGAUGAAGCAACUGCAGCUGUCGAUGUUAGAACUGAUGCUCUCAUCCAAAAAACCAUACGUGAAGAAUUCAAAUCAUGCACCAUGCUCAUUAUUGCUCACAGAUUGAACACCAUUAUUGACUGUGAUCGAAUUCUUGUUCUUGAUGCUGGUCAGGUCCUAGAACAUGGUUCCCCAGAAGAACUACUGCUAAAUGAAGAGAGCGCAUUCUCCAAGAUGGUCAGGAGUACAGGACCUUCUAAUGCUCAGUACUUACGCAGCCUGGUAUUUGAAGGCAAGCAGAAUAAGGUGAAUAGAGACGAAGCCGAGCAACUGGUUGACCAGAGCCAGAGGAGAUGGGUAGCCUCUUCGCGCUGGGCCACUGCUGCCCAAUUUGCGUUGGCUGUUAGCCUCACAUCCUCACAGAACGAUCUCCAAUGGUUAGAUAUUGGAGACGAGGACAAUAUCCUCAUGAAAACAAAGGAUGCCGUUAUAACACUACGGGGAGUUCUGGAAGGAAAGCAUGAUAAAGAUAUAGACAUAUCACUAAAUCAGCACCAUAUUCCGGGAGAGGGAUGGUGGUCAGCUUUCAUCAGAAUAGUUGAAGGUCUAGCUGUCAUGGGCAGGCUGGCUCAAAACAGAUUUCACCCUUUUGAAGAUGACGAUUUUGAAGACCAAUAUCUAUAGGUUGGAGUUGGACAAGGAAUACGACCGAGACUGUUUAUACCAGCAACUUCCUCUCAAUGAAGAAGGAUAUGGAUUCAAGAUGUUGUAAUAUUGUAUGGAUUAGAGUAUAGCCAAUGUAGAUGAUAUCCAAAUUGCAACAAGCAGAACAGACAUAGACCUGCAUAGAACACCAAAACAACAAAUAUAUUAGUUAUGAGGCCCUUAAUUUAAUUAUUUAAAGAAACUUUUUCGUCAA